AAAUCCUUUCAUCAAGUGUAAUGAAGUUUUUAUGAAGCAGCUGUGAUAAACUAUUAGGUGGAAUGAGGCAACACUUGGCCCUGACAUCUAUAAGGUCGUCAAAGCGGCUGUGUCACUACAGGAACAUUGGAUGUAGAACCUUGACAACCUCCCGCCCCUUGUAUGCUGAUAAGACAGAGAUAGUCAGUGGUACCCCAGAAGGAGUUAUCACCCCUGAAGGAACUGUCAGUCUCAAGGACCUUGCAGAUGUGGGCAUCGACCAAGUUGCGCUGGAAGCUGGUUCAAACAGUGGACUGGCAUUUAUUGGAAAUAAUGUUUUGGGAGCGUUUGAUUAUAUAAAAGGGUGGUUACCAAGUUUGGGAAAAGGUGAAGUGGUCUGGAACGAUGUAGUGAUCCCUAAAUUAACUCAUCUCUACAUCCCAUCCAUAUAUGAAACUGUUCAGUAUUAUAGUGGAGCACAAUGGUUUCUGGUGAUUGGUCUCGGAACGUUGACCCUUAGGGCUUGUCUUCUUCCUUUGACUAGACGUACGCUGAGGAUAGCGCCGCUGUUAAGGGACCGCAUACCAACAUACCAGUCGUACGGUGACAUGGCUAAAGUCCUGAAAAAGAAUAAUCAACAAGAGACAGCUAAAAAGGUUCUGAAAUGGCAGCAAGAAAUAGCAAAAAACAUGAAUGGCGGUUCCACGAUGGUAGCAUUUGUUGCUAACGGGCUAAUCAUGAUGAGCAUCAACAGAGGUCUACGUCAUUUAGGUCAUUUAACGCCACUCUUGGAUGGAGGAUUUGGUCCUUUCCUAGACAUGACAGUUAACAGUAAUGCAAGUGUAGGCUUCUACUGUCUCCCCAUCUGCAUCGUCACCGCUUUAGGAACUAUCAUGCAUGUGAAUUUCAGACAUGAGAAAUGGUAUAAUCCUAGAUUGUACUUGGUAAUAACACCACUUGGAGGUAUCUUUGCUUAUUUCAUAGGGAAGUCGUCUGUGGUAAUGUGUCUACACUAUGCCAUAUCAUGUUGGUGUACAGCCAUUUUAAAUAUUAUACAACGUACAAACCACGAUCUCCUAAAGCUUCCACCACCCUACAAACCUUCUCCUCCCCCCGAGAAUAUAAGACUGAGUAAGGAACUCCCCCGUCUUGAACCACUCGUUCCUAUCACAAUGGAUGACAUCACAGACAAUAAAAAGUCAGACUUUGCUGCCGAAGAUUUAUCUGGAAUAUCGCCCAAAAGGUUUCAACGGCAUGAUGAAAAAUCGGAACUAGAAUUUUUGGAAGAACUCACUGGUAAAAAGUCUGAGGAAACUCCAAAAAGAUCAAUUGGUUAUGAAACUCCUUAUUCUCCGAUAUUCAAGUUGGGACAACACGAUGAGGAGCCCGUUGUCGCUCAAGAUAAUCUUUCCGCGGGAGAAAAUAUUCCUCCUCCCCCUGCGCCGCCUGGAAUCAUGCAGAAAGCCGUCGGUUCAGCACCAAGUUUUAAGUUCAGAAAGAGGCUCCGAGCCUGGUAUUUUAGGCAGAAGCUCAUGAGACAUGGAAAGAAAGGAAACAUGAAAUUAUUCCUCGAGGAUGCACCCCCAGAAAUGAACUUCAUCCAGGAUUCUGUUCAGUUGACAACCAAGGUUACUCCAGGACUGAAGAAGUAUGUGUUAAGGAGACAAUAUCCAAUGAAUACAUUAGAAGAGAUGGAACGCAAAGUUUCUUAUAUUGAACGUGUGCAAAAUCAGCGCUGGUGAACAUUUCAAAGUCUCAUAGGCUGUUUUAGGAGCGUCAUUUUCCUCUCCUGUUGAUUUUUAGAUCAAUUUAAAAUUAUUAUCCAGUGCGGUUCAACGCACAAACGGUCUACUGUAAAUUCUUUGCGCGGCGGCGAAGUUUUAUUUCCAGUGUACGCACUAUCCUUACCACUAUAAAAAGUCACGUUUCCCCGGCCCCUUUCUUCCGACCUAAUAAUUUUGUAGCCGUUAAAUUAACUGAGCUGGCCAGCGCUCUGCUCAGCUACAUGAUUUUAUAGUUGAUCAUCAUUCAUGUGAGCAAAAUUAAGGAACCUACAAAGCAUGUUUUCGUGCUACUUGAACCUGGUCAUACGAAAAAGAUAAUUUAUGAAGGAGCAAAAAUUGUACAAUCAAUGAAGUUCUCUCUUCGUGAUUGUAUUCGUUCUCUUCUUGCAUUGGUCAUUCUAGCUUUCAACUCUAAUCACAAUCUCCUGCUUAUUGCUUGAUAUUUUAAGGCGGUAUCGUGUUGCUAUUAGGGUGUCCACUGUCUACUCGAAUAGCGGAUUACGAAUUACUAAACACUCAAUAACGCCUCUCUCCAUGUGACCCUGGCCUUAUGUUGUGGCAGUAUUUCAUAUAAGGAAUUCAAACGUUUAGUUUCAUUAUUUAUAUUGGUUUGAAUUUAACUAAAUCUACCGGAAUUGUACUGUCUUGUGUUAUAAUUUAUUAUGAAAUUUUGUUAUUUUUCA